AUGCUCAUUUGGCUGCGACAAGGCGGUAGAAUCCUUCUGAGCCACGAGCUACACUUCCCUAUUCAGAGAUAUCCGACAGCCCUCCAUGUCAGCAAAUUCGGUACAACGAUUUACCCGCAUCAGUCUUACGAUGGCCAUCAGAUCAAUCGUCCCCCUGAUUCUAGGGGCAAACGACUCCGCUGCCCUGUGCCGAGUACGGAGUGCUCCGAUAUUUCGAAAUGGAUUCCUUACUUAGACCGAUAUCUCCCGCCACAACUACGCGCAAGCUCUAUAGCUUUACCGGAGGUUGAAUCUCAAUCAGAGGCCCAGCAAUGUCAAGCUAUAUUGCAACUACUGUUCCAGGCUAGGACACUCAUGAAUUUCGAUCUCCUGACGUAUAUUGGAUUUAAGCAAAAAAGAUGGCAGGCCCUUACGGUGAUUGUGGAUAAGUUGCUGCACAGCGCGGAAAAUUUACGAUCACACGAUUCCCAGAGACCCACUCUUCCCUCAAACAUAGAUUGGAAAAAGAUGGGUAGCUCAUUCAAUGACAUUACAGCGGACAAGUUCUCCCUUCCCCCCACCGUCCCCAUGACAAGUGAUACGAAUUUCAAUUCGCUAGUACUUUACGACUACUAUUCUGAAGAGCCGAUGUUGGACUCUCGAAUGGGAGAACAGAGCCUUCGCGUUGGAACCAUGGAAGAAUUGUGGCAAUCCCUGGGGUAUUUUAUUCUCGAAGUUGCGGAUAUGUCAACAGAAGAGUCCACAAUAGUGAUGCGCCACUUUUACUAUAUUGUUGCACGUUUGCAUAAUCUCGGCUAUAUCCCAGAAAACGUGUAUAAGGAUGUGCCGAAAAGUAACUUUGAGCCACCACUACGCCCACCGAUAAUGCAUCUCUUAUCAACACGAAUUAUAAGCAUACUGACUGAUACAAUAUUGGAAGCGAAUGUCAAAGAGACACCUGCUAGUAACGGCCAUCUAUCCGCUAUGGAUCUGCUAAAGUCUUCGGAAAGACUGCUUGGAUUUGGUGUCUGGCUUGAACUUGUUCUUUGGUGUUGUGUUGAAGGCGGUUUUGCGCGAGGUGCUUCUUGGAUUCUGCGUAACAUGCGGAGACGCUCGAACCAAUGGAAAGUGGCGAGUUUCACCCGUAUUAUCAAGAAAAGUGGACCAAUAGAUCACAGGAAAAUAGAUUCCCACGAUACUUGGGAAAACUGCGGCCAGCUUUCGAUGGCAUCGCCAUCGAAAAGAACUGACAACACAUUCUUGGGAAUGGGGGAGAGAACCAUCACACAAGAAGUAGUUGUAGCAGUUAUGGAGGGACUUACCAAUACUGUUCGAUCUGGUGUCGGCCUCAGAGGGGAUUCUGUUGCCCAAAUUUGGGGCUCAGUCGGUUUGCUUCGGGGGCUUUUAAACUCCAAUUCGCUAUACGUUCACCCAAGGUUCUUCAACUACUUGAUUUUUCGAAUUCUUGAAGCUGGGGGAAUUGUCGUCGAUGUGAAACCUCAAGCGCUUGAGGCACUCUUAAAUAUUUCUCCUUCGAUUUCUACCGCCAAUGAACUCGAUAAAUUUUCCGAGGAACUUGUCAAGCUAUGGCAGAACGGCUAUGAGCCUAAUGAUUCCGCAAUGAUGCUGGGUUUAUACCACUAUAUCCUGGAUUUGUACACUUCAACAUGCCACAUAUCAGGCGCAAUUGAAGUAUUGGAGCGCCUUAUUGGAACAGUGGAUAGCACAAAAGUGCACUUGAUUCGAGAGUUGAUUAUGGAUUCCAAAUACCUUAAUAGGGCACAGAAUGUUCUUAAAACUAGCGGGAAAUGCGCUCCGGUCGAUCAGUCGAGUGCACUCCGCCCUCUUGCCAGUCUUCAGCUUUCGCCAUCCUCGCUAUACCUGCUUCUCAACAGCUUGACGGACGCCAAGGUUUUUAGCAUUGCGUCUUGGAUUCUCAAUCCCCAUGAAUCUGCUGGACCGAUAAUUCCAAAAAAUAUACAAGAAAAUGAAAUUUUGUCUCCUGCGGUUAUUCGGUUCGCAGCAGCUAUUAACGAUCCCGCUCUCGUUGCCGAUCUUUUAGACUCUAUUCCCCGACCAUUGUCGAAAUCAACUUUGCAUGCUAUGCUUGACUAUACGAUAGCAAUGUUUCAUUGGAAAGACUCACUUGAAUUACUCUUAUACCUUCGCGACGUCAGGCAUAUACAAUGGGAACCGAGAAACAUCGCAUCUCUGGCCGCUGCUGUUAUAAAAUUAGAGCAGCCAUAUGGAAAAUUAACCCAAUUUUCAUCGCCUGAGGACCAAGCGCACGCUCUAUCUCAAGGCAAAAAAAUCCUAACGUACGUCCUUGAAGGAAAGUUUAAUAUCCCUCCGGAUUUUUCGAAAAGCCAUGAUAUCAUUAGUCAACGAACGCUAUUUCAACUUCAUCGAAUUUUUGAGUCGAUACAAUCGCCCUCGCUUGCUGAAGUUUGUAAGAAUUGUAAGUUGGAGUGGAAUAGCAAGGUAAAGCAACAUCACUACAUACCCGCUGAGACAUUUUCCGCUGUUUUAGCUGCGGUGGUCCAAGUCUACGGCAGUUCUUCAGGGCAACGAUUAUACCUGAAGUGGUGUGCAUCUCCAACUACAGCUCGAGCUAGUCGUAUCGACUCAGGAGGGAAUGACAUACUUGCAUCCCAACUGAGUCUAGGAUUGGAAAAAUUAGAACGCUGGCAACAUGUUAAGGACGACAAAUUAGUCAUGCCAGACCUCAACGUCGUUCGUACCAUUGCAUUGAGCGCACUUGAAGAACAGAAUGAUUUGACGAGGGGGCAUGAGAUGCUAUCGAAUGAGAUUACAGCUGAAAGCGUAAAUUCUGUACUGGACUGGUGCAUGCGAAUAUUUUUCGACCUUGGUUUAAGAGAUAGGGAUAUCGAUAAAGAAUUGGACGGUCAUUUGACGCGGUCAACGGCUAAAUGGCGACAACAAUGGGAUAAACUAGUCGCUGAGAACGCUGCAUAA